AUGAUAAAUACCUCACCUUCAAUAAAUUUUUUUCUAGAAAGUCGUAAUACAUCAAUAGACGUAAAUAAAGCACGUGCAAAAAUAUUUGCUCAUCUUAUUUCAAUGCCAGUUCAACUUAAAUAUCUUCUUAUUGAAAAACUUGAAUGGCUUUAUCAUAUUGUUCAAUACGCAUCAACUGAAUUAAAAACAAACGCAUUGAAUUCUGUUCGAUGUGCUGAAUUUGGUGUUCCUAGUUGCCAUUAUGGUUCUAACGAUUCGAUUCAUAUUGGAAAAAAUCUGGUAUCUUUCCUCAGUACUCAUAUGCCUCAUCUACAAACAUUACAUCUUUGGCGACCAGAUGAUUUUCCUUGGACAUCUAUUCGACCAGAUAUUAAGCCAGGAUACUUUCAUUACAUUGAUACUUCACGAUGGACAGAGUCUUUACAAACAUCUGAAUCGAUUGCUCAACAUGUAAAUGUUUUUGAACAAGAUCUUUGUCAAUUAUUUCAACGAUUGAAACAAUUUGUUUUUCUUGAUAUUCAUGGAAAAAUCGAUCUUGGAAAACUCGCACCAUAUCGUUCUAUGGUUCAAAAAUGUUUUCCUCAUAGUAGACUUGACAUAGAAUUAUCAAGAUUUCGUCUUUGGAUAUAA